UGCAAACAUCAUCUUCCUUGAGAUGUAUAUAAACUUGUACUGUUUCGUCAAGCCGUAUUAGAAUUUCUCUCAUCAGACAGUUUAAUAAAUUUUCCAAACCAAUUUUCAUAUAAAUCGUGUUUAGUAACGUUAUAGAUUCAAUUUAUACAUACUUUUAACACGCAAAAUUGAAUUAUUCUAUCACUGGACAUGGAUAAGAAUAAUAACUCUAUCAGUACAGAGUUGUCUAGUCAGGACGAAAGGAAUAAAUUGUUGAAUGAGAUCGCUAUAUUGAAAACAUAUAUCUCUCUACUAGAAACCGUAAUUCAGACUCCCAAAUUCAGUCAAUUGCAAAUCGUAGAGAAACCAUCAAGAUUACUGUGCGAUAACAAAGAUGCAAAAUUUCGCAAGAUACCAGACGUGCAAACGGAACUGUGCUACGAAUUUUAUCAGUUCGCAGGAAUGCAAUGUGUAAAUUGUGAAGGUGGUUUUGUUUUUGAAUUUUCUAGCACGGAGAAUUUUUCAAAGAACGAUCUGUAUGCGGUAGAGAUUUUAAUAGACGAUAACGGCCGCGGAAAAGUGGGAAAGUGGGUAUUGCCUAUGUCUAUCGAUAUAUCAGAAAUAUUAUCGCGAUAUCCCAUUGAUGAUUUGAAUAGUAUAAAACAUUUUUUGAAGAGCUGCAAACAUCACAUCGAUUGCUAUAUGAACCGUAAGGAACAGGCUGAAAAGUUACAGAAUUUACUUUUGGAGAUUAAAAAUGCUCAUGUGUUAUAUAGUGUCGGAAUUACUCAUAUCGAAUUAACAAUGUCACAUUUAAAAGACAUUGACGAUAAUAAAUUUUAUAAUGUUAUACUAUAUUUGUAUUACAAUUCUACCGAAGUAAGACCUUGCAAAUUGUUUUCGGAUACUGAUAGUAACGAAGAACCGUCAUCGGAUCUAAGUAAAAGAUUGAACAAAUACUUCAAGCCUUUUUUAAAAAGGGAUUUGAAUUUGGCAUUUUUAAAAGUAAGCAAAUCACAAAAUCAAUUUGUUUGGAAAAAAAUUUUGGUGGACAGCAAAGAAAAUAGUAUAGAAAUUGAUGAUAAAUCGAACGAUGAAGAUGACUUUUUGACAGAAUUUCUUCAUAAAAGUAAUAAAAAAUAUAAGAAAGAGAAAGAUAAAAAACAAGAUAAAAAGAAUACUUUGUAUAAAAAUAAAAUGGAAACUUCAUUCUGCGUCGAAGGGGAAAAGAUUCAAGAAGAUACAGCAAAAGACGAUUUUUCAGAAGAGAAUAAAGAAAUUAAAUCGCAAAAACGCAAACGAUCGAAAAAAAUAGUAAACAGUGAUAAGAAUAAAAAGAAACAGAGUAAAAAAUUGUUGAAUAAAUCAAAUAAUACAAAUGCUGAACAUUCAGCGAAUUCAGGAAGAGAGGAAAAUCAAUUACAGAAAUUGACACAAUCAAAAAGAAAGAAGAACGACAAACGAGCAAUUAUAAGUAAUAGCACACCUAUUUCGAAAAAAUUACCCAAUCAGAAGUUUUUUCAUGAGAUCUCAUCUAUAAUCGAAUAGAAAACAAAUAAUUAUGAAAAUUGAAAGUAAACAAUUUUUAAUAUUAUAAACGUUUUAUUCUGCUUAAGGAUUUUUAGUUAUACAUGAAC